CCCAUAGACAUUGGUUAAAUUAUUUAAAUAAAAUAACUGCAGCCCUGACGUACCAGUACUGUGCUCGAGUGUCUGCUUCACAACUGUGUGGCUGCUAGCCCGCUAGCUACAUUUAAGAGAUGAUUCUUCGAUAAAGAUGAAGUUACUAGGACAAGACCCUUGAGAGCCAGAGGGCUCCAGAGGUGUGCAGUGAAACCAGAGGAGUUCCCAGAAUCCAAUGUGGAUGAGAUCAAGAUGAAGCUUCCUAAACGCUGGGUUGCAAACAGGCGUGUGUUACUGCUGUGUUUGGUUUUAGGUUUGCUGGGUUUGGUAUCAGUCUUUCUACCACGGAUUGAGACAGAGACAAGGAAGCCUGUCGACUGGCAUGUCAACCCUGUCCAUAGAAAGCAGGUGCACGAGUAUGUCCACAGGGUUUUGGAGGGUCAGUGUCGUCCAGACAGAACUAGGCAGAGCCUGUUAGAAAUCCUUCCCGCUUCCAGUCAAGAGACCCUGCCCUUCCUGUGGAAAGACAUUCCAUUCCCUGACGAUCUCUUCCAGUAUCCACCACCGUUUGGGUUCAGAGGUCUUCAGGGCAAAGUAGAGGAGCUUCUUAAAAAGCUGCCAGACUCUGACUCCGCAUUUCAGCCGGGAAACGCAUCAGAUAAAUGUCGCCGCUGUGUGAUCAUUGGAAAUGGAGGCAUUCUCAAAGGCCUGGAGCUGGGCACACUCAUCGACCGUUUUGACACCAUUAUCAGGCUGAACAGUGGCCCUCUUGGAGAGUUCAGUGUUGACGUUGGAAGUCGAACCAGCAUCAGGAUGAGCUACCCAGAGGGCACACCGCUCCACUGGGCCGACACAGACCCACACACUUUGUUUGUAGCUGUGGUGUAUAAAGGUGUAGACAUAAGCUGGACCUCUGCUAUGAUCAGCAAGCUCACUGUGCCUCUGUGGGACUGGCUCUUCUUCUGGCAGAAGGUUCCAGAUCAAAUCCCUCUUGAGGUCCACAGGUUCAGACUUCUAAACCCCAAAGUCAUCAGAGAGACCGCACUGGAUCUACUAAAAUACCCUCCACCAAGAAGACGCCUGUGGGGCAAGGACAAGAAUGUUCCUACUAUAGGUGUCUCUGCAUUGGAUUUAGCCAGUCUGCUGUGUGAUGAAGUCAGCCUGGCAGGCUUUGGCUACAACCUCACCCAGCAGUGGGCGCCACUACAUUAUUAUGACAACCUGCCCAUGAGCGCCAUGCUUCAGGAGACGAUGCACAAUGUGGACAGAGAGACUGAACUCCUACAGAGCCUCGCCAGAGAGGGUGCAAUCACUGACCUAACAGGGGGGAUUCACUGCUCCUUCUGCUGACCCUGAGAUAUCUGACUAUGAAGCACUUCAACCUGUUUGUUGUGAAGUGCUUUUUAAAAGGAAAUGAAAUACUGUGUGAAAAUACUGUAUAGAUUGCACUAGCCUGACCAAAUGACUCACAAACCAGGUGAGAGGUAAACUUGGCCUAAAGACUCAAAGAAAUUUAGUCUUAAAAUCUGUCAUAUUUGUCACAAAGUGCUUCUUGAAGGAAACAAAAACAAAGUAAUAACAGUACCUGGUGGGCGAGUGUUAUAUUGUAUGGGUUCCUCCUUCUAGAAAAUCAUACAUUUCUAAUGAUUCAGAUUCAUACCAGCAUUGCAGGCGAGUAUUAAUCCAGGUGUUCAGUGUAUUGUGGGUAGUUGAAACAUCAAACCACAUGCACCCCAAAAACUAUGUAAACACUGGUAUUAUUACAAAUAGUUCUCACACUACUGAAUAUGGACUACUUCAGCAUGUAAUACCAUAACGUCUUACCGGUAUCAUCGUACCUUUACAAGUAGUCAGAGUUCAAAUGAUGGUAUUAAAUUAUAUCCCUAAGCAGAUAAACUGAACUAAACUUUUUUUUACUUUUAAAUUAAAUGACGGUUAAAUAUGUUAAAUGCAUUUUGUUUGUUUGCACUGGAACAACUCUAUCUGUAUUUAAAGUUACACGGGAAUGUGAAAACGAUGAAAAAAAAAAAAAAAAGUGGAUUGAUCUGCAUUAGUCCAGGAUGUCUUCAAGUACUUUUUUGAAGCAGGCUUCAAAUGGUUAAAACACGUGAAAACAUAUUUCUUUCUGUUGUGUUUUUACAUUUUAAAAGGUGUUAUAGAAGAUGGUCCCAACAGAAGAUUGUGAAAUGCUACGUUUAUCUGUACAUUUUAGCAUUCCACUGUAGAGUAGCAUUCUUAUUCAUUUCUGUCUGUGGUUUUGGUGCAAGCAUUGUUUAUGCUGCUCCACAAGAGUUCUGAUUUUGUUUUUUAUACACUUUAUCUUAUUCACUGUGUAGUCUCUCAGAAUGGCUGGCCUGUGAAAAAGAGUAUAUAGAUUUUUUUUUCUUCAAGUCUUAUUUCACUGUAAUUUUGUGAGACCCUAUUAAAAUACACAUGAUAUAAAUACAUGA